AACAUUCUUCAGUUUAGCGUUUAGAAGUUUUUACGAUGAAUGAAGGGGUUCAAAUUUUUUCGCUACGUAUUAUUCGUUGUCAUUUAUUUUGUCGACAACACAAUACCUUCUGUUUAUACUAGAUAUAAAUAGUGUCCGUUUACUAAAAUGGAUUUUUAUAGAUUGGUAGAAACUAUACCUAUAAAUAAAAAUCAAAACCUUUUCGUUUGUUACCAAUGCGGAUAUAAUAUAUGGAAAUCUUCGGUUAGAUAAUUAAAGGUAGAUCUAACAGAAAAUGAAUAAAAUAUAUGAUAUUUCAUACAAUAAUAUUUUUACUAGGUAUCUAACAGCUGCCCGUUUCAUAAAACAAGGUGAAUUAAUUCUGAAAGAGAAACCUUUGUUGGUUGCUUCUCAUCGAGGCAGUAGAAAUUUCUGUUUGAAAUGUUGUUCCUACAUUAAAACGGAUACAUAUGAUAUUUGCAAAUUAUGUAACCUUGCUAUGUUAUGUAGAACAGAUUGUAAAGGGAAGUUUCAUUCAAAUAGUGAGUGUAUGGAAUUGAAAAAGUUGAAUUUGAAACCUACAUUUCUAGUGGAACAUCAAGAAAUCAUUACAGUUUUGAGAUUACUUCUUAAAAAGAAAUACUCUGAGGAUGAAUGGAAUAAAAUUAAUCAACUAGAAUCUCAUUUAGAAGAAAGAAGAAAUACCCCUAUAUGGAAAAGUUGUGAUUCACUAAUAGUGCAAGUUAUGAAAGAAGCUAAUAUUAUCUCUCAAGAAGAUGAAAUCAGUGACAUUGUUCAAAAGUUGUGUGGAAUCUUGGAUGUUAAUACUUUUGAAUUGAGGCCUCCUUAUGAUCCAUCGGAUCUUGUUGUCCAAUUAGAACUUCAAGCUUUAAGAGGACUGUAUCCAGAAGCUGCUCUUAUGGCUCAUAGUUGUGUGUCAAAUACACAUUUGGCAGUGGAUAAUGACUUUGUUCUCUACAUUCAUUCUAGCGUAGAUAUAGAGGAAGGAUCUCCUAUUUUCUGCAACUAUGCCAAUGUAUUAGAUGGUAAUGUAGAAAGGAACAAAUUCUUGAAACAAGGAAAAUAUUUUGAAUGUACCUGUAAAAGAUGUAUGGAUCCAACAGAAUUAAAUACCAACCUAAGUGCAUUAAAAUGCCAUAAUUGUAAAAAAGGACUUAUUCAACCUCAAAAAACUAUUGAAAAUAGAUUUAAUUGGUCCUGUACAUCUUGCAAGAAGAAUUAUCAUAGUUCUAUGAUCGAAACCAUCCUUGGGCUAGCUAAAGAUUUAGUUUUUGGACCAGGACCAAGCAAUUUAACUAAAUUGGAAGAACUGAAUAUGAAACUCCUUCAAACAUUGUACCCUCGUCAUCACUUAAUUCUAGAAUUGCAGCAGAUUCUGAUGGGGUUUUAUACACAGGACAUCCCUAGUAGAAAAAAUUUGAUGGGGAAAAUUAAAUCUUGUGAAAAUGUUCUUGCAGUUACACAAAUACUCGAUAUAGGAAUUUCAAGAAUUCAAGGUAUUACUCUCUAUGAACUCCAUGCAGCCAAAGCAAAUUUGGCAUACAUGGAAUAUUCUAAAAAAGAAAUCACUACCGAAAUACUAUUGAAACGUUUGUUAUCAGCUGAAGAAACAUUAAGAGCCGCUCUUGAACAUUUACUAUAUGAACCAAAAAACAGUCCUGAAGGUUACCUUGCUAAAAACGCUCUUGGUUAUUUAAAAAAGCUGAGAGAAUCAAUACGUAAUAUAAAAGAACAAUUAAUAAUGGAAAAUAUUGUUGCUACUUCUUCAUCAAAAAAGAAAAAUAGGAAACAUUUAGUUCAAAAGUAAAUUUUUCUCUAAUCAACAAUUGAAGUUUUAUUUGAAAAUACAAUAAAUACAAAGAUAUGAGUG